AUUGCGUAUCUACAGCUCGGACGUCUCGCCAGCGCCGCCUCUGUCGUACGUGCUUUCUUGCCGCUCACCACCACUCCGUGCGACGUGCGACGACAGCAGCUGCAGCCCGGACCUACCCGCGUCCACCCACGAGCCUCCUUCCUCCACCUCCACCUGCCAGAAAACAAAAUCAAUAUUUUGACCCACCGUCCAUCUCCAUCUCCCUCCCUUUCCCUCCCUCCUCCUCCUUGUUCAACAUGCCCGCAGAGGUCUCCUUUGCCCCGGGUACCAGCGCAAACGAGCGCACCCCGCUCGUCAAGAACAACGCCAACCCCGCCGUGUAUGCCCCCGCACAGGACUUCCUCGAUGACUUUAGCGAUGAGUCUGGCGACGACGGGCGCGAGGUCGUCAUCUGGAAGCCCGGAAAGAGUGGCUUUGGUGCGACGCUGCUCAAUGUCCUCGGCGACCUCAUCGGUACCGGCCUCCUCGCGGCACCCAUCGCCAUCGCACAUGCCGGCUGGGUCCUCGGCCCGCUGUUCCUCCUGAUUAUCUGCCUUGUCACCCUCUUCACCCUCAAGAUCCUCAUCCGUAUCAUUGAGAAGGACCGCCGUCUGCGCAACUUCACCGAUGUCAUUGGCUACGCGCUCGGUGGUCGUGGCGAGAAGAUUGUCGGCAUCCUCUUCGUCAUUGAGAUCGCGGCGUGGAUCAUCGCACUCAUCGUGCUGUACGCCGACUCGCUCGAGGCCGUGUGGCCCAUCUACACGUCGGACCAGUGGAAGGUCGUCGGCCUCGUCGUCGUCAUCCCGACCCUCUUUCUCCCCCUCCGCCUGUUGUCGUACUCGUCGGCCCUGGGCGUCUUCUCGACCGUUUCACUUAUUGCCAUCCUCAUCUUCACCGGCAUCACGACGCCCCACAGCCCAGGCAGUAUCCGCGAGCCGGCACACACCGACCUCUGGCCCGCCCACGGCUGGGUCAAGCUCGGCACAGUGUUUGGCCUCCUUAUCGCAGGCUUCGGCGGCCACGGCCUCAUCCCCAACCUCAUCCACGACAUGAAGAACCCCAAGCAGGCCGACCGCGUCUGCGAGAUCGGCUACGGUAUCGCCGCCGCCGUCUACUUCAUCGUCGCCGUGUUCGGCUACCUCAUGUACGGCACAAACGUCAGCGACGAGGUCAGCAAGGACCUUGCUCGCACGCCCGGCGUGUCGCCCUGGCUCAACCAGUUCGCUGUGUGGAUGGUGGCCAUCAACCCAUUGACCAAGAUUGCUCUUGGAGUCAGGCCUCUCGCCGACAUGAUCUUCGGCUACUUUGACCUGCACAAGACCAUCCUUGUGCCCCAGGGCGCCCCCACCCCACGCUACAUCACGCGCCCGUCGUCCCCGACCGGCUCGUACGAGAACGCCGAGGACGAGGAGUCCUCGGCGGCCUACAUCCCCGACCCAGCCACGUCGCAGUUUGUCGACCCCGGCGCGUCGCACUUCAGCAUCGCGGCCGAGUCGCGCCACGACAAGAAUGAGCGCUUCAAGGCGUUUGUGCGCCCCUGCGUGCGCCUCGGUCUAGCCUUCGUCUUCGUUAUCGGCGCGCUCAUCGUCCCGAGCUUUGAGACGGUCAUGUCGCUCCUCGGCUCGGCGUUCGCUGUCGCGACCAUGAUUGUCAUCCCCAUCUGGGCCGGCGCAACCAUCUUCGGCUGGAGAUGGUACGACUGGGCCAUCCUCAUCCCGAGCGUCAUUGUCGGAACGCUCGGCACCAUCGCUACCUUCCUGGGCUAAGGACAUCAUUAGAUUCUGCAUUGGGCAAGUACUUAAUAUCUGACUGAAUAGAUCGACUAGCAUUUGAGAUGGACUGUGCACUGCUGCCUCGCCGUACGCGUCUCGCCUCGACGACUGGCUACCCCCACGUUCUGCAUGGGCAAUCUACGUACUCGCCCAAGCACCCCAGCGUCCUACUAAGUAGGGAGCACGCCCUCCUCCUCGUACUCCUCAGGCAUGUGGGCCCAGGAGCUCCCGUCGUCGCUCCCCUCCUCGCCAACAAGCUCGCGCGGCACCGCGCGGCCAUUGAUAACGACGCCGUCCUCCACGACGCGGACGUGGUGGCUGGGGCGUCAGCACAGUCACUCAUCCACCUUUGACCUACGGCACAGCGACGACCCAGAAGAG